GCUCCGCGACGCUUUGCUUACCUGAUGCGCUGCAGCUUCAAGAGCUCUUUCUGGAGGUGCCAGGUUUGGCAACUCUCGAUCUCUCUGACUGGGCGGUCUUCGGUGAGCUCCGACAGUUGGAACUGCGCGGCUGCAACCUGCAGGAGCUGGCUCUCCCGCAGGGUGGUGAGCUCCGGCGCAUCACGCUGAGGGCGACGCAGCUCCCAAAGCUGCAGUUUUGGCUAAAGGCGGCUGAGUCUGUCGAUGUCCAAGCACCGAACAUCUCGCAUCUACAUAUCGGUGGCUGCGCUGGCCUUUCCAGCCGCUGCUUGUCUCAUCUGCUGGCAGGUUGCCAACAACUGGAACAACUACAGCUGUCCCAUUGUUCGUCCGUUGAGUCACUUGAGCUUUCCUCCACGAGUCUCGAGGAGCUGAAGCUGCGUCUCAGCAGAAGCCAUCGCUUGCAGACAUUGCGCCUCCGGUGCCCCAGCCUAACGUGCAUUGCGCUGCCUUUGGCACCGCUUGCUGGUGCAAAUCUGCGACGGUUGAGCCUUGAAUCUGCAAGGCUCACACGCUUGGAUCUCAGCUCCUUGCGGUGGCAGGAGCUGCUUGAGCUCAGCCGGGUGCUUGGCAUGCUUGGCGUACUGUUCAGUGUUGAGGAUUGGGUGCCAAAUGCAUCGUCCCAAGUUUGUCAGGGAUAA